AAUUAAACGUAUUGCUGUUAAUAUUGUAGAUAUCCGUAAUAUCUCGUAUCUAAUAAAGGAGAAUGACAGUCUGAAACAGCUGGCACUGCGGUUCUGCAGCUCGAUUAGCUCAGUAUUGGUGGUUUCUGAAUGCACUAAAAGAAUCAGUCGAUAUGAAACAGAAAUAAACUGAAAGUUGUGGGUUUGUUUGGCUUCCGUGUGUGCUGUCCUGUGUAAAAUGUUCAGUUAAACAGUACCCGGAAAUUAAUGAGCCUCGAGGCAUUUAGUGUCUCUGAAGGGAGGCGCUGCUCCGCGAUCAUUGUCAAACUGCGUUUCUCCGGCGCUCCAACUCCAAGUUAGUGUUUAUGAGAUAUUUCAUUUUACUGUGACGGGACUGCGCGACAGAGGACAGACACAUAACGAAGAAACCAUCAGGAUCCAGAACAUCUGGACGCAUACUCAACAACAAAAAUCAAUACACCAGUGCAAGAAUGGCUCUAAACAACAUAACAACGUUUAAUAAAACGGAGUGUCCAUCAAUUGAUGACUUCCGUAACCAAAUCUAUUCUACAGUAUACUCCAUCAUCACCGUGUUCGGCCUGAUGGGAAACGGCUUUGCACUUUACGUGCUCCUUCGUACCUAUCGUCAGACCUCAGCCUUCCACAUCUACAUGCUCAACCUGGCCGUAUCAGACCUGCUGUGUGUCAGCACUCUGCCCCUACGGGUGCUCUACUACAUCAACAAAGGCCAGUGGAACCUGGGCGACUUUCUCUGCCGGCUGAGUUCCUACGCGCUGUACGUGAACCUCUACUGCAGUGUCUUCUUCAUGAUGGCUAUGAGUUUUACCCGCUUCCUAGCAAUCGUGUUUCCCGUGCAGAACCUGAGGCUAGCCACUGAGAAGAAGGCGUGGAUCGUAUGCGUGGGCAUUUGGGUCUUCAUUUGCACCACCAGCUCACCCUUCCUCCUCUCUGGUCAGCAUACUGAUCCAAAGACAAACAAAACCAAGUGUUUUGAACCACCAGAAAGGUCAGGCAGCCUAGAAAAGCUAGUCAUGCUGAAUUACUUUUCCCUGGUGGUGGGUUUUAUUAUUCCCUUCCUGGUCAUCUUGCUGUGUUAUGCAGGCAUCUUGCGCACUCUACUCAGAAACAGUAACGGUGUGAACAAGCAGCGUUACACGCGUAACAAGGCCAUUCGGAUGAUCAUUGUGGUGAUGCUGGCUUUCUUGGUCAGUUUUAUGCCCUAUCAUAUUCAACGCACGCUGCAUCUCCACUUUAAAACCCGCAAAGAUACUACCUGCGAGGAGGUCAUCUAUAUGCAGAAGUCUGUGGUCAUCACCCUCUGCCUGGCUGCUGCCAACUCAUGCUUUGACCCAAUGCUCUACUUUUUCUCUGGAGAGAACUUUCGACACCGCCUAUCCACCUUCCGCAGGGCUUCUGGAAACAUGUCUUUAACUCAUAAAGGACGCCAUGCUCUCCGAAGCUCCCCGCCUGUGGAGGAGAGUGAACUGCAGUGCUGUAAUGGUUCAGACAAACUUGGGUAGAGGGAAUGAAAAUGAAGGAGCAGAAGCAGAUUUCAAAGAAAAAGAAAGCUUAUUCUUCUAAAUAGUAUUAUGAUAAUAAUAGUAAUUAGAGAUUCCUAUGUACUACAUUCCAGUAUUAAAAAUCUGAAAAUCUGCUCUAGAUCUUGUGCAUGACUUAGAUUAAUAUACAUUUCAAGAAAUAUGGGAAAAUAUUUGCUGUUAAAGACAUAUACUUGGGAUAUAACGUUUUUCAAAACGCACUUCAUAAUGCUGAUAACUGAACCCCCAGUGGUUAUUGGAUGUGUUUUGGUAUUCAUUAUUUAACAAUAUAAAAGAACACUUGAUAUAUAAACAGAGUUCUUAAUAUAUAAAUAUAUAAAGGUUCUGCAUACAAUGUGUAUUCAUUGUGAAAUAUGUUCUUAUGAUAGCGUUUUGGUAUGUAUCAAUGUAAAUGCAUAUUUUAUUGUAAAUAAUGUAUUUUGAAAACAAAUGUAGGACCUUAGAGCAAAUCAGGUAGAGAUGACAUUAAAACUGUACAGAAAAAGAGCAAGAAGAAAAAUUGAUCAAUUUGAUCCAUUGAAUCAAUCCAGAGACCCGGCCAACGUGGCACCAGUGAGUCUGAGCUAACUAGUCCUCGUCCAUGGAUGAUCAUAUCAGUUAGGAAAACCCCCUCUAACGUUGUUAACUUUAGGCAGUUAACCCAAGACAAAUGGGUCCGAAGAUGGUACAUUUAAAGGCUUUAUCAGAAUGUAUUUGAUUUGUUCAUGAUAGUUGCUUGUAGUCUGUAAUGAUGAGAUUUUUUUGUGAGUUUGCUGUCAUAGGUUUGUAUUUUUUUAAAAAACUGUGUUGUUUAUUUUUUCUCAGUGCAUAUUUUAAUAUUCAUUUGUCUUUAUAAUGAGUGUGUUGAAGGUCUGUGCAUUAUUUGUUGUUUUCUUCCCUCCCAACCUCCUCACUUUUUUUUUUUCAAAUCUGAGGUGUGGACGACCAGUGAUAAAACAAUCAUGACACUUUAGGACAGAGGGGUGUUAUUCCCCCCCCAAAAUCAUAUGACUGAGAACAUGUUGAUUAAUGUGAGGGGCGGAGAACAGUUAACUACUAAAAGCUAAAUACAAUGUCUAAUUGGUCAAAAAACCCUUUGGGGUUGGUCAACCAAAUUCAUGACGUGAACUAGUCAGAGAAAUCAAGCCUAAUCCGAAUCUAAUCCAGGGGCCGCACAUCCUAAAUUGUGAUUGUAUUGUAACGGUCUAAACGUUACCAGGUUUUUUAUUGUAUUUUUUUUCCUGUUUAUUGAAUUAAGAGGUAUCUGGGUCAAGGGUAAGUCCACUAGGAGCCGCUUGAGGGCGCUAGUGCACAAUCGCUACCAGAUAUAAGCCCUAGUCACGUACGAGCAAGUUAGGUCGUUUGGUAGAGGGAAACUGCAUGAAUGGUUGAACUGACGCUACCUUUAUCUACUCAUGUUAAUGUCCUGUUUUGAGAACUCUUUGAGAGUUUACAAGAGUUUGUUUGGUGAAGAGGUUUUAAUUUUCAGUACCGAUUGACAUUCUGUAAUACCUCCCCUUUUAAAAGAUAUUACUCUGAGGGGGUUCAACAGAAAGUCAAUCGGUACUGAAAAUUAAAACCUCUUCAUGCAGUUUCCCUCUACCUAAUGACCUAACUUGCUCGUACGUGACUAGGGCUUAUAUCUGGUAGCUAUUUGCACUAGCGCCCUCAAGCGGCUCCUAGUGGACUUACCCUUGACCCAGAUACCUCUUAAUUCAAUAAACAGGAAAAAAAAAAUACAAUAAAAAACCUGGUAACGUUUAGACCGUUACAGUAUGUACAUGUAUCUCCACCCCGUCUCCUCCCCAAAAUAAGCUUACAACGCCUAGUUUUACUAUGCAUAACCUCAUCUGCAUAUCAUUCCCAUAUGCAUAUUCCCAUCCACGUGAUACCAUGUUAACAGUACAUGGCAUUUGCACAAUAUAUGACAUCUUUUCUUUUGUGCAUUGAGAGUUGAAACUUGCCCGGACAAACAUGGCGGCGCGUUUCACUUGCGUUCCUAUACGUAGGUGUAGCAUAAGUUCCAGUGAGAACAUGCUAGUCUUGCGAGAACCAAGAUUUGUUUACAGUAAAAGAAAGCCACGUGAAGAAGUGAAUUGUUUGAGCUGUACUCUACAUUUUAUUAGUCUUAAAAUGGUGCGUUCGUGUCUCUAUCCGGAAUGCCUCAACAUCGCUAAAGCAUUAAGAUUACGUGCGCUGACAUCAAAGGGAGAUGCUCCAUUAACAUUCCGCAGAUUCCCUGUAAAUGAUCCUGAGCGAAUGAAGCUAUGGCUGCUCGCUAUUCGCCGGGAUGUAAAUACACCCGUGGAUAAAGUCUAUAAACGCGUGCUGUGCAGUGAACACUUCUGCUCCGAGGAUUACGAGCCGAAGAAGACGGGAAAGCCAAGACAACUUCUGAAAUCAGCUGUGCCUGUUUCUGAGAACACAACAAGGUAUCCUGUUCCAGCUCAGCCAGGUCUGUAUUGCCCAGCCGCAGGCGAAGAUGAGGACACAAAAUCAACUCCAGAGACAGGACUGCUGCUGACGGUCACGAGUCCAGAAGCAGGGGCCAGGAAGACCCGUCCAUCUACAUCUGGGACAUACAUUGCCUUCCCCCCCAUACGUUCAUACCAAUCAGAUGAGCCAGCCCAGACUCAACCAAAGUCUGAAGAAAAUGGUCUGGACAUCAGCAUGCUUCCGUUAGAUUGUCCUUCAGCAAGGACACAAGGUUUGUUCCUACAAGAUCGACAUCGACCUCAACUACAACUACAAAGGAAGACAGAGAAGAUGAGAUGUGGAAAGAAAGAAAAUGGGUUGUGAAUGAGUCCAAUCUGAUGGAGUUGUUUAAGAGAUGUCAGGAAUGUGGAGCAGUAAUCACCAAAACCAAAAAAAUAUCCUCAGGCAGCCUCAUCCAAGUACAGUGGGAAUGUGAAAAAGGACAUCAGGGGCAGUGGAAGUCUUGUGCAGAUGUUCGGGGAAUGCCAAUCUUCUUGUAUCAGCAAAUGUUCUUUUCACUGGAGCCACGUACACCGACGUUACUGAAUGGGCUUCAUUAAUGAACUUACAGGUGCCAAAGAAAACAACGUUCUGUGCAGUGCAUCAUCUGCUGCUGAAGCUGCAUACAGAGAAAAGCAGACCACCAUUUUAGAUCAGUUACACAUUCAAAAUGUACUCCAGAAUGGAGAUGGGAGUUCAAACGGGUGACAUCUAGCUCAGUGUGGAGCCCAAUGGUCUUAAAAGGGCUUAAAGAAAAUUCUGGAGAAAGAAAUCAAAGUAGAUGUGCUGACCACAGAUAGAUCACCGUCUGCAGGUGGAUUAUCUGUUCAUUCAACAUGAGUUUGACAUUUGACAUGUGAUAAAUGUCUCAUGACCAAAUACUUUUUACAAAUUAAAGAACUUUUUUUUUUAAAUUAUGUGUC